GAAGAUGGCUGGCGGACGUCUGCUGUUGGGGGGCGACUUCCUGUCGCCGCCGCCGCUGCCCCCCCUGCCGCCGCCGCCGCUGCCCCCCCUCCCGCCGCCCCCGCCCGAGCCAGUGCUGGAGCAGUGGCGCUAUAGCCACGAAAGUGACUGGCAGUGGGCUCUGCGGCGCAGCUUCAUCUGUCGGCACCUGCACAGCUAUCCCGGGGCUGCUCUCGACCAGCUUCUCGCGCUCUCCGCUGCCUGGACCAACCACGUUUUCCUGGGCUGCAGGUACAGUCCACGCUUGAUGGAAAAAAUUCUCCAAAUGGCCGAAGGUAUUGAUAUUGGGGAGAUGCCUUCAUAUGAUCUGAUGCUGUCCAAACCUUCCAAAGGUCAAAAACGUCACCUCUCAACAUGUGAUGGUCAAAAUCCUCCUAAAAAGCAAGCUGGUUCCAAAUUCCAUGCGAGACCUCGUUUUGAGCCUGUACAUUUUGUAGCUAGUAGUUCAAAAGGUGAAAGACAGGAAGAUCCUUAUGGCCCUCAAACAAAAGAGGUAACUGAACAAACACAUUUUGCCAGCAUGCCAAGAGACAUCUACCAGGAUUAUACUCAAGACUCUUUCAGUGUACAAGAUGGGAAUUCUCAGUAUUGUGAUUCAUCAGGAUUCAUUUUCACAAAAGACGAGCCUGUAACAGCCAACAUGUAUUUUGACAAUGGGAAUCCUGCCCCAAGCAGCACAUCACAGCAGGCAAACUCUCAGUCAGCUCCUGAGCCUUCACCAUCACAGACAUUUCCUGAGUCAGUGGUAGCCGAAAAGCAGUAUUUUAUUGAAAAAUUAACUGCGACUAUCUGGAAGAACAUUUCUAAUCCAGAGAUGACUUCUGGAUCUGAUAAAAUUAAUUAUACAUAUAUGUUAACUCGCUGUAUUCAGGCAUGUAAGACAAAUCCUGAGUAUAUAUAUGCUCCUUUGAAAGAAAUCCCUCCUGCUGACAUCCCCAAAAAUAAAAAACUUCUAACAGAUGGUUAUGCUUGUGAAGUUAGAUGCCAAAAUAUCUACUUAACUACAGGUUAUGCUGGCAGCAAGAACGGGUCCAGGGAUCGAGCUACUGAGCUAGCUGUGAAGCUCUUGCAGAAACGUAUUGAAGUUAGGGUUGUCCGACGGAAAUUCAAGCACACAAUUGGAGAGGACCUUGUGGUGUGUCAGAUUGGCCUGCCUUCAUAUGAAUUUCCUCCAGCUCUGAAACCACCAGAAGAGCUGGUGGUGCUGGCUAAAGAUGCUUCUGGACAGCCAAUUUUUAAUGCUUCCGCCAAACAUUGGACCAAUUUUGUCCUUACAGAAAAUGCAAAUGAUGCGAUUGGGAUCCUUAACAAUUCUGCCUCAUACAACAAAAUGUCAGUUGAGUACAAAUAUGAGAUGAUGCCAAACCGCACAUGGCGUUGUCGAGUGUUUUUGCAAGAUCACUGCUUAGCUGAAGGUUACGGAACCAAAAAAACAAGUAAGCAUGCAGCUGCUGAUGAGGCUUUGAAAAUUCUUCAGAAAACACAGCCCACUUACCCAUCUGUCAAAAGUUCACAGUGCCAAACAGGCUCUUCACCCAGGGGAUCGGGAAAGAAGAAAGAUAUAAAGGAUCUUGUAGUUUAUGAGAAUUCUUCUAAUCCUGUGUGCACACUGAAUGACACGGCUCAGUUUAACCGAAUGACAGUUGAAUAUGUCUAUGAAAGAAUGACAGGCCUCCGAUGGAAAUGCAAGGUGAUUCUCGAAAGUGAAGUAAUUGCAGAAGCAGUCGGGGUGAAGAAAACUGUCAAGUAUGAAGCUGCUGGGGAAGCUGUGAAAACCCUCAAAAAGACCCAGCCAACUGUCAUUAACAACUUGAAGAAAGGAGCUAUUGAAGAUGUGAUUUCAAGAAAUGAAAUUCAGGGCCGCUCAGCAGAGGAGGCUUACAAACAACAAAUCAAAGAAGAUAACAUCGGAAAUCAGCUGCUAAGAAAGAUGGGCUGGACAGGUGGUGGUUUAGGGAAAUCUGGUGAGGGCAUUCGGGAGCCAAUCUCUGUCAAAGAGCAGCAUAAGCGGGAAGGCCUCGGUCUUGAUGUAGAGAGGGUAAAUAAAAUUGCCAAGAGAGAUAUUGAACAGAUCAUCAGAAACUAUGCCCGCUCUGAAAGCCACACAGACUUAACUUUCUCUACAGAGCUGACUAACGAUGAGCGGAAACAAAUACAUCAGAUUGCUCAGAAGUACGGUCUUAAGAGUAAGUCGCAUGGGGUAGGUCAUGACAGGUACCUGGUGGUAGGCAGAAAAAGACGGAAGGAAGACCUACUAGAUCAACUCAAACAAGAAGGCCAAGUGGGGCAUUAUGAACUUGUUAUGCCUCAAGCAAAUUGAGAUCUUCCCAAAGUAUUUUGUAAAUGCCUGUUGAGGCAGAUUUGUGAAUUACAGAAAUGCUACAUGUUCUGGUUGCAGAGUAUAUUCAUUCUUAAGAUGUUUCACCUUGUUCAUUUCAUAUAGUGCUUUAUGAGAUAUUGGAAUCUGAAGAUUUCUGUCCACUUGUAUUAGCUUAAUCCAGCAGAUGAUACUGUGCAGUUACUGUUUGUGUCUUUGAUAUUGCUGUGUCCCUCAGGUUUGAGUAGUUUGUACAAAGCAAGAACAAAUAUCCAAGUGGAAUUUCACCCCAGGAAAGAAAUUCCCACUGUAAAGGGCAUAGCACAGCGGUCUGCAACAAUAUGUAAAGUUGAUAUUGACUACAAUGAAACUACAGGCUUAAUUCUAGACCUACUGAACAUGUCAGAUCAUUUUGUAUUAUCUAUCUUCAUCUUUGUGUGAAGCCAGUUAUAGAAUGUUUAACAGUAAAUUGUGCUGUAUGUGUAAAUGUCUUACCAACUAAAUGAUGUAAAACUUUCAUAAAGUAAUUUUAGUGUUCAUUUAUUUAUAACUUCUACCAUGUGGUUUCCAGAAUAUUGGAAGUGGUGUACUGUAUCUUGUGACAUAUGAAUUUUAACAAGUUCUAGUCUUCAUGCCAAGAGAGCACUACUUGAGAGAGCAGUUGAAAAGUUUCAAAAACUUUGAUGCAAUCUAAAGAAAGGAAGGUGGAACUGUUUGUUCUUGGUGCCUUGCAGAGAGACUCACAGCAACUCUCCGUUAUAGCUUUCACACGGUUUGGAUGUACAGAACAUCCAAGGUGGCCACAGCUGUGGUAAAACUUGGUAAAAGACUGAAGACCCAUUGGUGCUUUGAUGAGAUGGUCAGUUGGCUGGUCCCUCUCUCAGAAAGCUAUUAAGCCCCCAAAGCCAACUUUGUAACAUAUUUAAAACUGCUAUUUUCACUUAUUUCUGGAAUGUAAAAAAAUGUAUAAAAAAAUUUAGUGUAUGCUUCCUGAAUAAAAAGGAGCCGAGUUGAUCAAAAUGAUGGUGUGCUUAUUUCUGGGCAGCAGCCUAGCAGGGACACUUUGGGUCUUUGGAGAGGGGAAGUGGUAUUUGCACAAAAUAUUUCAACACCAGAGCACAUGUGGAUGAACAUAAUGACUUAGCAAAUCGGAACAGUUGAUCAGUCACCCAUCAUGUUCUCCUCUGGACCAACAUGCUGGCUUCAACCAAAUCUCAGUCUGUUGACUUUUGCAUGGUUUUUGUUUUUGUAUCUCAGAUAAAUCUAGUAUUAAUAUUCACAGUAUUACUAUACAAAGAUGAAUAUUAAUAUUGAUAAAUAUCUUCAAUGAAAUGACAUUUAGGACAAUUAGGUGGUUUAUUUAGCAGCACACUGGACAUGUAAGUGGCCCACAAUAAACAGUAAUGUCCCCUUUUAUAUUUUACUUUUUUCUUUCUGUAAAUAUUUUAUGUGAAGAAACUGUCCAUUAUUAAAUUUGUAUCUUAAAAAUAUAAAGGGAUUAA